AGCGAAGACGCGUUAGUGGGGGGAAGGUUCUAGAAAAGCGGCGGUCCCGGCUCCAGCGGCAGUAGCAGCGGCGCCGGGUCCUGUGUGCAGGUGUCCCCCGCGGCGCGGUGUCUCGGAGCAGCGGCUGCUCUCCCACAGCGUCAGGACGAGUCCCGUGCGCGUUCGUCCGCGGAGAUCUUUCUCAUCUCGCUCGGCUGCGGGAAAUCGGGCUGAGGCGACUGAGUCCGCGAUGGAGAAAACUUUAGAAACUGUUCCUUUGGAGAGGAAAAAGAGAGAAAAGGAACAAUUCCGUAAACUCUUUAUUGGUGGCUUAAGCUUUGAAACCACAGAAGAAAGUUUGAGAAACUACUACGAGCAAUGGGGAAAGCUCACAGACUGUGUGGUUAUGAGAGAUCCUGCAAGCAAGAGAUCAAGAGGAUUUGGUUUUGUAACUUUCUCCUCCAUGGCCGAGGUUGAUGCUGCCAUGGCUGCAAGGCCUCAUUCCAUUGAUGGCAGGGUAGUUGAGCCAAAACGUGCUGUAGCAAGAGAGGAGUCUGGAAAACCAGGUGCCCAUGUGACUGUGAAGAAGCUGUUUGUUGGUGGAAUUAAAGAAGAUACUGAGGAACACCACCUUAGAGAUUAUUUCGAGGAAUAUGGAAAAAUUGAUACUAUUGAAAUAAUUACUGAUAGGCAGUCUGGGAAGAAAAGAGGCUUUGGCUUUGUUACUUUUGAUGACCAUGAUCCUGUGGAUAAAAUUGUAUUGCAAAAAUAUCACACCAUCAAUGGUCACAAUGCAGAAGUUAGAAAGGCAUUGUCUAGACAAGAAAUGCAGGAGGUCCAAAGUUCAAGGAGUGGAAGAGGAGGAAACUUUGGUUUCGGGGAUUCUCGUGGUGGCGGCGGCAAUUUUGGACCAGGACCAGGAAGCAACUUUAGGGGGGGAUCUGAUGGAUAUGGAAGUGGACGUGGAUUUGGGGAUGGCUAUAAUGGGUAUGGAGGAGGACCUGGAGGUGGCAAUUUUGGAGGUAGCCCUGGUUAUGGAGGAGGAAGAGGAGGAUAUGGUGGUGGAGGACCUGGAUAUGGCAACCAGGGUGGGGGCUACGGAGGUGGUUAUGACAACUAUGGAGGAGGAAAUUAUGGAAGUGGAAAUUACAAUGAUUUUGGAAAUUAUAACCAGCAGCCUUCUAACUAUGGCCCAAUGAAGAGUGGAAACUUUGGUGGUAGCAGGAACAUGGGAGGACCAUAUGGUGGAGGAAACUAUGGUCCUGGAGGAAGUGGAGGAAGUGGGGGCUAUGGUGGGAGGAGCCGAUACUGAGCUUCUUCCUACUUACCAUGGGCUUCACUGUAUAAAUAGGAGAGGAUGAGAGCCCAGAGGUAACAGAACAGCUUCAGGUUAUCGAAAUAACAAUGUUAAGGAAACUCUUAUCUCAGUCAUGCAUAAAUAUGCAGUGAUAUGGCAGAAGACACCAGAGCAGAUGCAGAGAGCCAUUUUGUGAAUGGAUUGGAUUAUUUAAUAACAUUACCUUACUGUGGAGGAAGGAUUGUAAAAAAAUGCCUUUGAGACAGUUUCUUAGCUUUUUAAUUGUUGUUUCUUUCUAGUGGUCUUUGUAAGAGUGUAGAAGCAUUCCUUCUUUGAUAAUGUUAAAUUUGUAAGUUUCAGGUGACAUGUGAAACCUUUUUUAAGAUUUUUCUCAAAAGUUUUGAAAAGCUAUUAGCCAGGAUCAUGGUGUAAUAAGACAUAACGUUUUUCCUUUAAAAAUUUAAGUGCGUGUGUAGAGUUAAGAAGCUGUUGUACAUUUAUGAUUUAAUAAAAUAAUUCUAAAGGAAAUUGUGUAAUUAUAGACUUUUUAUUUUAAAUAAGUUAAGGAGUGGGUAGUAUAAUUAAGGUCCAUUGCAAAGCUGUUGUUGUAUUUGUGUAAGAUAAAUGCUGGUCAGAUUUAAGUGUGUUGUCUGCAAUUCAUCAGGAUUAAAUUAUCUAGUUAACUUAAGGGAUAUCUCUGCAAGGAGAAACACCUUUUUAGAUCUUUUAGAUGCUGCUUCUUCAAUGCAAGGAAAGGAAAUAACCCCAGCGAGGUACUCUUCAGGGACACAGGUCUAGUACAAGAGAACUCUUGACGACUAAGCUCAGCCAGUCUUAAAAAACUGUGCUGUAUCUACAAAGCUUAAACUACAGUAGUUGAUAAGGAUGCCAACGAAAGCUGAGGGUGUAGAGCAAAGUAGUUCUAAGCUUCAGUUAAACUUCUUUAGGUAAGAUCUUAUUUACUUUUUCUUUCUUAAUUUUCCUCCCUAAAAGAUAAACUAAUAAACUCUUCAAUGGUCUUUUCAGUAUAGUGGUUCUUAUGUAGUUUAACAUAGCUAUAAAUUUGAGUUUAACAAUAAUAAACUCAAGAUAAUUUUAUAAACCCUGUUUUCCAAUCUGUCAUUUACUUAAAUUAUUUUGGUUGUUUUCCCUUUUUUUUCCUUCUUUCUCACCCCCUCCCUUUCCAUGAAGAUUCAGGUGCUUAACAUAUCAUUUUUUUCCCUGCUGGAAUUUUAGCAUUGAUAUGAACCAUGGACAAGUAUAUUCUGCUGCCACAAAGACUGUAAAGUGCUUCAUUUCAACAGCUGAGGCAAGCCAAGUGAUCAUUAAUAAAGCUUUUCUUGCUUCCUUCA